CGUCGAAGGAGACACUAUAUCGCCGCAGAAAUUGCCGACACAAUGUCCGUGGAUAAGGAGGAAUUAGUGCAGCGUGCGAAGCUUGCUGAGCAGGCGGAAAGGUAUGACGACAUGGCGUCCGCGAUGAAGGCGGUCACCGAGACGGGAGUCGAGCUGUCGAACGAAGAGAGGAACCUGCUCUCGGUGGCAUACAAGAAUGUCGUAGGAGCGAGACGUAGCUCGUGGCGGGUAAUUUCCUCCAUUGAGCAGAAGACCGAAGGCUCUGAACGAAAACAACAAAUGGCCAAGGAAUAUCGGGAAAAGGUCGAGAAGGAAUUGCGCGAGAUCUGCUACGAUGUAUUGGUAAGCGAGCACCAGUUGCUUCUCUUCUGCCUAUCUAAAACGGGAUGUCUCUGGAACAAUUUAGAAAGGCUUGGAAUUCUCAGGAAAUGUGUUUAUGCCUUGAAGAAUUGGGAAACCGUGGUAGACGACAGCCAGAAGGCAUACCAGGAUGCCUUUGAAAUCAGCAAGUCAAAGAUGCAGCCUACCCACCCGAUCAGGCUAGGUCUCGCCCUCAACUUUUCUGUCUUCUAUUACGAGAUUCUCAACUCGCCAGACAAGGCCUGUCAGCUGGCCAAACAGGCGUUCGACGAUGCGAUCGCGGAGCUGGACACACUUAAUGAAGAUAGCUACAAAGAUUCCACAUUGAUCAUGCAGCUGCUGCGCGAUAACCUCACUUUGUGGACCAGUGACACGCAGGGCGACGGGGACGAGCCACAGGAGGGCGGCGACAACUAACCUUCCUAAGCUUUAAGUCCUUUCUAAACCUAAUAAGAACAUCCUAUUCUCUAUCGUCCCCCAUCCCUCUGAAGUGCUCACCCAUAUUGUCCAUCCACCCGGAUCCAUCCAUCCAUCCAUGUCCACCUGACCUCUC